AUGCUAAACUACCGCUGCAAGCAGAGGCAAUACUACAGCGUGCUGUGGUCGUUGCAGUUUGUGCUCGCCCUCCUACACCACGCACGGAAAGGCACCGCACGUGCACGUCAGCAGCAACGCGAGCGCGGCGAUGCUAGGGGGGACAACAGCUGCUGCUGCUCCACUUCAACUGGUGCCGCUGACACGGAGUCCGAUACUUUGAUUGCGUUCGAAGCGGCCGCCGACGGCGCCUUGGCCUCCUUCGACGCACAGGGGCCGCUUUCUGCCUCGCAGUUGCUCUCCCUGCAGAACAGUCUCACUGACGCCGAGGUACGUAAUCUCUGCGUGCAAUGCAUGCGCCGCUUCAUUGCCCAGCAGCAGCCGGGGCCAACGCUCACGUCUGCGCAGCAACCGCUCUUCAGCGCUGACAACAUCUUUGCCACCCCGACGCCUCUUUUUCUCGUGCUGUGGCCGACAGAGAGCAUUCGCCAACACUACACACGAGCUUUGGAGGUGGCUCACCACAACCGCAUCGACCACAGCGAUCUCCUCGCCAUGCCAGGCUACCUGCGGGAGGCUGGCCUGCACGCCCGGCGUGUAUUUGCGGAGUAUAGUGGCGCUCAACAUGAUGAAGGGCCCACCGUGGCGCAGGACUCGGAGCGGCGGGCGGCACAUGAGUGGGCCCGCCUCAUCGACCUCUACACCUCCUUCCUCCCUGAUCGGUCCCACAUCCACGAGCUGGAGAACCUGCCGCAGGAGAUCGCCAUUGGCGAGCUGCUCCGCGAGACCGUCGAGCGCGUGCGCAGGGCGGAGGAUCACGCCGGAGGCGACGGCUUCGCGCUGGACUGCGUCGUCGACGUCGGCGGCGGCAACGGCUUCCUUGCAGCGCAGGUGGCGGAGCGCCUUCAGUGCGACAGCGUCGUCAUCGACCCCUUCUUUCCGGCGCACUCCAUCGACUGCUGCCCGCGGGUGUGGCCCGACACAGCGCAUCGCACACGGCCCGCCACGCGCCGGCAGCGCACGCUGCACCGCACCGUGGCGCUGUUCCGCGACGUCCGCUGGUCGGACGCUGUGCCGGCAGCGCCAGCGCGCACGGCCCUCAUCGCGAAGCACCUGUGCGGCAGCGGCGUGGACGAGGUGCUGCGCCAUCUGGAGGCGCAGGGGUGUCUGCCGCGCAUCCUCGUUCUGGCGCCGUGCUGCUUCCACAAGUGCUCGCUGGACACCUAUAUCGACGCUGACUUUGUGUCCGCGCUGCUGGGACUGGGCAGUGCGGAGACCUUCUGCCAUCUAACGCGCUUGACAGACUGGAAUGCGUCCGUGUACCAGCGACUGCAGGGCGUCGCUCUGACCGGAAAAGUCCCUGCAGCAUCGGUCUCGAAGAAGUCCAUGCGCUACUUAGUCUCCUGUCCAGAGGGCAUAGCUGCCUGCGUCGAAGCCGUCGUGAGCCAAGGGCGCGUACAGUGGCUCCAGCGUCGUGGGUACAUUGCACGACUAGUUGAGUACGUUCCCGACUGUGUGACACCAAAGAACCGCUGUAUGGUGGCAUACCGUACUUGA